AUGCCUGAUUUUAUCGGAAAGAGGCUAAUCGAAAUGGACUUUGUAAUAGACAUUGAGCGGUUGCCAGGCUGCAGCACUAAGAUUGCUGAGUUGUACCAAGAAUGGUUGAAAGAUGGUGAAACCAAAGAGACGGCAGCAGCAGCAUCAGACGCAAAGAUGUCUACCUUGAUGCUGUUUUACGACAUAUGGGGUGUAGGCGAUACGACGGCUAGGGAAUUCUAUAACAAAGGAUGGAAGGAUCUGGACGAUCUCGUAGAAUACGGCUGGUCGUCUCUCACUCGGGUCCAGCAAAUAGGGGUAAAAUUCUAUGACGAGUUUCAACAGAUGAUCCCCCGACAAGAAGUUGAAGAAAUCGCAAGUCUAGUCCUUCAACACGCGCGCAAGAUCGAGGCUGGUUUCCAAAUGGCCAUUGUGGGAGGCUAUAGACGAGGGAAAAAGGAAAGCGGUGACGUGGACGUCAUUCUAAGUCAUCGAGACGAAUCACAAACCAUGAAUAUGAUAAAUGACCUCGUCGUCAGUCUUGAGCAAGCCCAUCUCAUAACGCAUACACUCAGUUUAUGGACCAAGAAUAGUGAACGAGGCCAGCUCCCGCUUGCCUGGCGAGGGGAGGGCGCCAGGCGCGGAUCUGGAUUUGACACGCUUGAUAAAGCCAUGGUCGUGUGGCAAGAUAAGAAAAAAGCAGGAGAUGAUGCACCGCAUCGAAGAGUGGACAUCAUUAUCAGCCCGUGGAAAACUGUUGGGUGUGCUUUGCUGGGAUGGAGCGGCGGCACAACAUUUGAACGAGAUCUUCGACGAUAUUGCAAACAAGAAAAGGGCCUGAAGUUUGACAGCAGCGGGAUUCGCCGUCGCUCCGACGGGACAUGGGUGGACUUUGAAAGCCAUUAUACCGCGUCGGACGAGGGCCCCGGCCAUGACGGACGUUGUCCACAACUGGCACCGGAUAUGGAUACGGCUGAGAGGCGGGUUUUUGAAGGGUUGGGCUUAACUUGGCGAGAUCCAACAGAAAGAUGCACAGGGUGA